GAUAAACAUUGAAAAGUCAAGAAAUAAGAUUAUUUUCAAUUUUCAUUACUUAUAAUUUGCAGUACUUUGAUAUUUAUCGCAGAAUUUUGUUCCUUCUCAGAUAGUUAACGUACGAAAUUCAAAUGUAUCAAGUUAUUAAAGUAAUUUUUUCAAUUUUGCCUCUACUUACAUUAAUUUCGGCUCACGAAGAUGCGUAUUCGGUAAAAUACACUACGGAAACUUUCUCGCAGGAAAUAGGAAAGAAACAUCAUUUUGUUAUGUUUUACGCACCUUGGUGUGGACAUUGCCAAAAAUUUGCCCCAAAAUGGGAACAAUUAGCCGAAAUGCUGAAUGAUGAUGAUAGUAAUAACAUAAAAAUAGCAAAAGUAGAUUGUACCACUGAUAGUGAUGUUUGUUCCGAGCAAGACAUCACUGGCUACCCCACAUUAAAAUUCUAUAAAAUGGGCGAAUCUGAAGGCAUCAGAUUCCGGGGUACCAGAGAUUUGCCUACAAUUACAACAUUUAUCAAUGAACAACUUAGAGAGGGAGAGUAUGCACCUGAUGAAUCAGAUGAACCUAAAGCUGUAAGUGGCUUAAUCGAGCUCAAUGAAGAUAAUUUUGAAAAACACGUUGCAAAAGGGAAGCAUUUUGUAAAAUUUUAUGCACCUUGGUGUGGCCAUUGUCAGAACUUAGCACCAACAUGGGAACAAUUAGCAAAAUCUUUAGAAUUGGAUUCUGAUGUUACUAUUGCAAAAAUUGACUGUACACAAUUUCGAUCCAUUUGUACUAAUUAUGAAGUUAAAGGUUACCCAACAUUAUUGUGGAUAGAAAACGGAGACAAGGUCGAUAAGUAUGCUGGAGAACGCAAUCAUGAUGACUUGAAAGAAUAUGUUAUUAAAAUGAUAGGAACGAAAAAGGCUGCAAAUAAGCGAGAAGAACCUAAAGUCGAUACUCAAUCUGUAUCUGGUGAAAUAACGGAAGAAGAUUUUAAGAACAACAUCCAGUCGGGAAUAGCUUUUGUAAAAUUCUAUGCUCCUUGGUGUGGUCAUUGUAAAAGGUUAUCUCCAACAUGGGACGUUUUGAGGGGCAAAUUCUCCGAAAACAGCCUUGUCAAAAUUCUGAAAGUUGAUUGCACUCUAGAAGUCAAUAAACAGUUAUGCAACGACGAAGAAGUAGAAGGGUUCCCUAGUCUCUAUUUGUAUAAAGAGGGAGAAAAGGUCUCGGAGUACAGUGGAAGUAGAAGCCUUGAGGAUUUGUAUGAUUUUGUUCACAAACAUACUAUUCAUGAUGAAUUAUAAAUACCUAGUUACUUAAAAUGGCGUUAUUAUAUGCUAAAUUAAAGUUGUUGAAACAUCGCUUCUUAUUACGGCAAUAUUUCAUUGAUUUAAAGUAUACUAUGGCUUAAAAAGGAUUUUUCUGUUAGAUAUUAGUGGGUUUUCGUGGCUGAUGAAUAGAAUCCUUUGUAAGCAUUCUACAAUUUGCUGCAUCAAUAUAUUAGGGAAUUUCUAACACAUUAGGGGGAGGUUAAAUUAAACAAAAUAGUUGAAGGAAAAAUGUUACGAUUGCUUGUUAUAGCACAAAAGGAAUUCAAAGAGACUUAAACAUGGAGAAACUUAGAUAUUUUAUUGUUUUUUUGUAAUAACGGUUUUUUAUAUUGCUACUAUUCCUUUACGUCCAUAAUUUUUAUGGGCUUUACAUACAUAUCCAUGUUGUAAAUAGAAACCAAGUGCAAUUUUAUUAUUUUCACUUGAUUUUUAUUCUAGUCGUGAUAAUCAUAAUAUACUUCCUGUUUUUUCUUAUUACAAAUUAUCCGGUAAUUAAAUUGUGAUAAGUUAAUUUUGUAUGAUAAUGAACUUUUUAUUCGAUACUCUGAAUAAAAAUCAUUU